UCUGGUGGCAGCCUAAAACCUGGCGUCUGGCUAAAACAAACGAAAGGCAGCGCUGAGCCUCCACUCAAUCCAAUUAAGGCGGACUUGGUCCACUCGGUUACGUGUUCAUCCAACAAGAUCGGCGUGGAGGCAACACACCAGAAUAUUUGGCAAAAAAAAAAAAAAAAAAAAAGGAGAGAGAGGGAGAGAGGGAGAGAGAGAGAAAGAGAGAGAGAGAUAUUUGCCUCCCCUUUCCCUUUUUUUCCCUCCUCUCCCCCCAGCCGCCGAAUCAUGUCGAUGAGCCCAAAGCAUACGACUCCUUUCUCAGUGUCUGACAUCUUGAGCCCCUUGGAGGAAAGCUACAAGAAAGUGGGCAUGGAGGGGAGUAACUUGGGGGCUCCUCUGGCAGCCUACAGGCAAUCGCAGGUGGCUCAGCCGGCCAUGCAGCAGCACCCCAUGGGCCAUAACGGGACGGUCACCGCCGCCUACCACAUGACAGCCGCCGGCGUCCCCCAGCUCUCCCACACCGCCAUGGGGGGCUACUGCAAUGGCAACAUGGGCGACCUCCCACCUUACCAGGAUACCAUGAGGAACAGCGCGUCGACCACCGGAUGGUAUGGGGCCAACCCGGAUCCUCGCUUCUCCACAAUCUCCCGCUUCAUGGGCCCGUCGUCGGGGAUGAACAUGGGCGGCAUGGGGAGCCUGAGCUCGCUGGGCGACGUGAGCAAGAGCAUGGCGCCCUUGCAGAGCACGCCGCGGAGGAAGCGCCGCGUCCUCUUCUCGCAGGCCCAGGUCUAUGAGCUGGAGAGGCGCUUCAAGCAGCAGAAGUACCUCUCGGCGCCCGAGCGCGAGCACCUGGCCAGCAUGAUCCACCUGACGCCCACCCAGGUCAAGAUCUGGUUCCAGAACCACCGCUACAAGAUGAAGCGGCAGGCCAAGGACAAGGCGGCCCAGCAGCAGAUGCAGCAGGAGGGCGCCUCUUGCCAGCAGCAGCAGCAGCAGCAGUCGCCCCGCCGCGUGGCCGUGCCGGUCCUGGUCAAGGACGGCAAGCCCUGCCAGGCCGGCUCCAACACGCCCACCGCGGCGCUCCAGGGCCACCACCAGCAGCAGGCGGCAGCCACCGCCAUCACCGUGGCCACCAACGGGCCCAGCCUGGGACAGCAUCAGAGUCACCAAGCCAGCAGCGCGGGCCAGUCGCCUGACCUGGGCCAGCACGCGGGCAGCAGCCCCUCCUCCCUCCAGAGCCAGGUGUCCGCCUUGUCCCACCUGAACUCCUCCAGCUCUGACUAUGGGACGGCCAUGUCUUGCUCCACCUUGCUAUACGGGAGGACUUGGUGAGAAGGGUGCCCGGCCUCAGCUCCGCCGGGGGCCACCACCGCCGAGGCCGAGUUUCCCUGUUUGUCUUUCUUUGACCCCGUCCUUUGACUUUUGUUUUUUGUCCUUAUCCCUUUUCAUUUAUCUGAGAAAUGGGUGGGGGGAGUGUCCUUGCGACAGAGAAGAAGAAAUAGACUUCUAGGUUGAGAAAUGGCGAUCGCUGCAGUCCCUAACUAGCCUCUGGAGAGGUUAAUGGCAGAGGAAGGACCAUGUACCCGCGGCUUGGCGUGGAUCUCCACGGACGCUUGUAUGUACAUACAAAAACCUUGUGGCGAGGGGUGGGUGUUUUCUCCCCAAUCCCCCCAAAAACUUUACCGUCCUUCCCCCUCAAAAACACACACGCGAGAGAAACACGAGGCCCCCCAGCCCAGACGGUGGAUGGAGACACUGAUACUAUCACGGCUUAGCAUUUCCCCCAUUAUGUUUGAUGUGAACCUGUAGCUGUAUAAUGCUGUCAAAAUCGUUGGACUAAACCCAUAGUUUUUAGUAGCCUGAAUAUUUUGUUGAUUAUUAAAAAGAGAGAGAGAGCGAGAGAGCAACGAUCUACCAAACAAAUCUUUUUUUAAAAACAACAACAACAACAACAACAAAAUUUCACUUUUUAAUGGAUGCUCAUGGAUCCAUGUACAUUCUUUGGCAGUUCUUUCUUGGCGCACGUUUCCUUUCUAUUCUUAUUCUUUUUCUUUUUUGCCCUCCUUGUAACUUAUGUAGAUAUAUUUGGCUUUAAAUAUACUUCCCUGAAAAGCUUCUAAUAAAUUAUAAAGAUCACAGAAAUUUCUUAUUGCCCUUUGCUAUUUUCCCUCUCAAAGAAAUAUAAAUAGGGAACCGAAUAUCGUAAGUCGCCUUCCCUCAAAGGCCUGGGACCCGUUUCCCACUGAAUUUCAACCGAAAAAUUGACCCAGCCAUCGAAACUGGAAGUACGACCGGGGACAAGUUUUGGGGAACCUGACCAGCAAAUACAUAUAUGUGAUCGAUUCACAUGUUCUAGCUUAACUAGAAUUCGACGUAAAUGAGUCAGUCCUGUCCAAGGCAAUGAGCAAGGCAGAAAGGAGACAUGGAAAUCCAAGUGGAGUCAUUUAUAGAGGAAAGGAAAUAUUUGCAUACCACUAAUGGAAGUUCCGAAAGGGUGCGUUUAAGAUACUAUUACUGCAAGGGUGGGCAAGCUAACGAGGAACAUACUAACCGGGUAAAAGGGGGGAUAUCAAAUCCUUGUAAAGAACGUCCAGUUUUAUUAACUUGUAAAAACACAAUUUCUACAAAGGUUUCCUAUGUAAUUGUAUUUUAAGGAAAGUACAACCAUCCUAUUUAUAAUCAAAAUAAAAACGAUAGUUUAUUGUG